CACUGACAGCGCAAAGACUCACUUUGGACACCGUACCCCUCAGCCACGUAAUUCCUCUAAACGGGCCGCACGGAGGUGCAUGGCCCCAUCCCCUUGUAUCAUGAUGAAUCCUGUACAGGGAUCUCCGUCCCAAGACGCUAAACAGCUUCAUCAAAAGGAGGAGACGGAUACGGAGGGCGAGGAGCUGCAGCCUAAAGACAUGACAACCGAGAAAGGAUACAAACUUCAGCGGAGCAGCCUCCCGUUUAGCGUUGAGUCGUUGAUUUCCAAGAAGACCACCUGUCGGACUUCUUACUCGCCCUCAGAUUUAGGUCUUGUUCUGCCGAAGCCCGUGGCAGGGCAAGGCGCACAUGUCUCUCCAAGGACUUUUUACGCGGAGAGGAAGAUUUCGGCUGAAAGCUCGCAGAGUGUUUCCUGUAGCUCCAGCGAGAACAGUCCACAGUUUUGUGAAAAAGAUCAGAGCACUUGGUUCCAGACGUCCUCCUUUUCUACACCUCCCCGAAGCUCAAGUCCAACUCAGUGUACUUUAAGGAAACACAAAAACAACAGGAAACCUCGAACACCCUUCACUACCUCACAGCUGCUGGCGCUGGAGCGCAAGUUUCGCCAGAAGCAGUACCUCUCCAUCGCAGAGCGAGCCGAGUUCUCCAACUCUCUCAACCUGACGGAGACUCAGGUCAAAAUAUGGUUUCAGAACAGGAGGGCCAAAGCCAAGAGACUGCAGGAAGCCGAGCUGGAAAAGUUUAAGUUGGCCUCCAAGCCCGUCCUGCCCGCCUUCGCGCUGCCUUUCCCCCUUGGAGCGCACAUGAGCUCUCCAUCAUGGGGCCCUUCAAACGCCUUCCCGAGGCCCAGUCUGCCGGUCCCAGGACUGUUCAGUGGACCCGUGACUUAUGGGAUGUACUAUUUGUCUUAAUAUUUCAGUCUGAGUGUGUGUGUGUGUGUGUGUGUGUGUGUGUGUGUGUGUGUGUGUGCGCGCGCGCGCGCGCGUCUGGUUAUGGCUGCAGUACACUUAAAAAUAAGGAUAAUGCUUCUUUUAGCCAACAUUUCGGGGAAAAAAAAAACAAAAAAAAACAUUUUUUUUAUUUUCAAUUUGGAGUUCAUAUUGUUUUCCAAACUCCAAAACCCAAGAUAGAUAAGACAUGUGGCAAAUGUUGAUUUUAAAAUGUGUGCGUAAUCGGACUGAGUGCGCUCACUUGCUCUCAUUUUUGUGUCCAAUUCUGCGGAUCGUGGAUUCACAGCCUCAAUUUUCUUAGGCAAAACUCCAUAACUAGAUGUCAAGGGUUUUUUAAAUGACAUGCCUUAAAUGUCUCAUCCCAGCCUGUCCUCCGUCCUCUGCAAAAGCAACUGGACAUUUAAAUGUGUCCGAAUCUAAAGGCAAUAAUCCUCUAAAGCGGGGGGAUAUUAUUAAAAUCAGCAGAAAAGUACUUAAUUAGUGUCAGUGCCUUAAGACCAUGAAGUGUACUCUCUUUAUCAUCACUUGAAGUCCUCAUUCAGCAUUGACUAUUUUUCUGUCAUCUGGUAACGUUUUCCAUAUUUGCUGUGUUAAUAUCUGUAUUUCCUGACACGAUUUCUAUAUUUUUUUAAAGGGGAGACAGAAUUAUAUUUUAGAAAAAAUACAUGUAUUAGUUUUUUUUAACCUUCACAACGUGGCCUUUAUGGGAGUGAUAUUUGAUAUUAGAUUUUCUUUGAGGAAUUUUGCUGUAAAUGUAAAUAAAAUUUGUAGUGUUCUCAAAGUCCUGCACCCUAGCUUAAAGGGCAGGGGAAGUGGUAUUUAUUGAAUAUCUUUGUAUCUGUACUGUGUACAUAUAUGAGUCUAUCUAAAUGUGCAGUAACUUGUAAAAACUGAUUUUUAGUAAAUAAACAUUAUCCAA